AUGAAAGAGGAGCAAAAGAAACAAAUUUGUUUGGCUUGUGAUAGCGGACUGAAAAUAGAAAAAUGUCGUCAGUGUGGAGGAAAUCGUUAUUUUUUUGUUAAAGAGGGGGAGAAGUAUUCAUUAGAUGAAGAAACAAUAGAAAGAAUUUGCGAAAUACUUUCAAGUACUCAAAGUUUCCACGAAAAAAAAAUUGCCUUGUUUGUCCUUUUAGAAAGUUUAGAAGUGGAAAAAUUACCAAAAAUCGAAAAUCAAAGAAUUAAUUAUUUAUUGCAGAGCCAGUUUUUCAAUGAGUUAGCCAAAAAAAGUAUGAAAGAGUACGAGAAGAUGAUUAAUCAACUACUACAUUGGGGAAAAAUUAUUGGGGAAGAUUCAGGCGCUAAUCCGGAGACCUAUAAAUACACUUUUCUUACUUAUGAACAAAAAUUAGUAAUUUUUUACAAGAUUAAAAAAAGUGAUAACAGAAAAUAUAACUUUUUUGUUUCUUUAAAAGAAGAGAUUAAUAAUUUGUCUGCAAAAACAGAAAAAGAGCAAAUGCUGAUUGAGUUUGAAAGAGAAAUAAAAAAUAGUAUUAGGGAACUCGAGGAGAGAUUAGACAAGAAAGUAAAAGAACGCGUGGGAAGAAUUUUUGAAAAUUACUAUUAG